UCCCCUUCUGUUUACGAAACUAAAUACGCCACUGACUCCGCUUGGCAUAUUGCAUGUGGUAAAAACCGAAUCAGUUUAUGUGUUUAUUGCAGAAGCAGCUAAACAAAGCCAAAAUCUGAAGUCUGAAAAAAAAGAGUGGGUUCUUUGCUUCAAAAGUAAAUGUAUAUAUCAUUUUGAUUAUGGACGACGAACAAGAAACAUACAAAUUAUGGCGUAUACGAAAAACAAUAAUGCAGCUUUGUCAUGAUAGAGGAUACUUGGUUACCCAAGAUGAAUUAGAUCAAACUUUAGAAGAGUUCAAAGGGCAAUUUGGAGACAGACCAAGUGAAAGGAAGCCAUCUAGAAGUGACCUUAUCGUAUUAGUAGCUCAUAAUGAUGACCCAACAGAUCAAAUGUUUGUGUUUUUUCCUGAGGAACCUAACGUGGGUAUAAAGACAAUAAAGACGUACUGUCAGCGGAUGCAGGAGGAGAACAUCACACGGGCCAUCAUCAUCGUACAAAACAAGAUGACACCGUCCGCCAAACAGUCCCUCACUGACAUGGCACCCAAGUACAUACUGGAACAAUUCCUGGAGGCUGAGCUUCUCAUCAAUAUCACAGAACACAUGCUUGUUCCUGAACAUGUUGUGAUGACUCCUGAAGAGAAGGCAGAAUUAUUGGCCAGAUACAAAUUGAAAGAGUCCCAGUUACCCAGAAUACAGCAAGGCGACCCAGUAGCUCGAUACUUUGGUUUAAAAAGAGGACAUGUUGUAAAGAUCAUCAGAAAUUCAGAGACUGCAGGGAGAUAUGUGAGCUAUCGCUUAGUUGUAUGAAACAGGACAGGACCAGAGAACAGGAACUGGACAAAAUAACACUUUUGUUUGGAACAGUGUGCUGUUUCAUAAGGAUGUAUCUGAAAUACAUUUAAACAAAAACUUUAUUUACUGCAGUAAAGUCUAGUUAAAAAGUUAUCUUACUAGUGUCAAGAACAGUGCUGAUGAACAUUUGGAGAUAUAAAAGAUUGCACUAAGGGCAAUUUUCUGUUCAUAAUCAUUUCAUUUACCCAUACUGUAUUUUUAGGCACAUGGGUUAUGCAGGUAGCCUUAAUAUAUGAUGUCAACUGUCAUGUGUAGAGUAUUCAACAUUUUCUGUUCCUUGUCAAGAAUUGAUGUACCAUUUUAACUUGUACAGUGUAUUCAGAGACAAGAUGUACAGCUAUAUUAAAGAAGUAAUAAAACUCA